UGUCAGGAGGUGGAGAAGGGACGUGUAGCUAGCUGACCAGCUGCCCGCGCCAUCCGCCAACAUGACGCGCCUCUCACUGGAGCGGCUGUCGAGGCUCGACGACUUCGGAGCCGCUGAGGAGCUCCGUGGCCUCCUGACGCCAGACGGUUCGGGCGGACGCUGGCGCGACGUGCGUGUGAGUCCGGACGGGCAGCACGUUCACGUCAUCCUGCACGAGCCCAGCGCUGCACUCGCCACUUUUGACCGGGUCGGAGCGCAGGCAGUGCGACGCGAGAUGCGCGCGGCCCCCGCGGUGAGCGGAGCGGCGCCCCUAGCCGACCUCCUAUACUUGGAGUCCGGCGGAGGCAGCGGAGCGCUGCUUGCCGUGGUGUUCCGCAACGGGGGGGCCCAGUUCUGGAGGUACUGGGAGCAGCAGGCGCGAUGGCAUUUACUGCACACGGGCGAGCUGUGCAACAGCCCCAGCGCAAAGGUGGUGUCCGUGUGCGCCAGCGCCCGCACCCUUGUAUGGUGUGAGGAGAGGCCUCCGUCGGAGGGCUCGUCCUUGUCCAGCUCCACGUCCGGCAUCAGCCAAUCCCAGCUGAGACACUGCGUCUGCAGCCGGCCAUACGAAGUGCGGGAGAAUGGCGUGUCUCUAGGUGGAGUCCACAUGGCCCUGCACAACAACCCUCCGUACACGGUGUGUGCGUCAGGUGACAGCCUGUACCUGGUCCCAGACGCAAGGGACGGAGCCCCCUCCAGUACAUCCAAGCUUCUGCUCACCUGGUCCCCGCAGCGAGAUGCCCUUGCAGUCAACACGGGCUGCGGUGGAGCUCUGCUCAGACACGACUUGACUAGAAGCAGGGAAUCUGACUUCCGGAAGCUGAUCUCCAGCUGCGUGGGUAUGUUGCUCACCAUGCAACCUCCAGAGAUACUAGCCUUCUGCCCUGCACCCUCUGGGGGGUUGCUGCUUCUCCUCGAAUCAGGGUGGCUGUCCUGGCUGUGUGUUGAGGGAACUAUGCGGCACAUCUAUAAACUGGCGGACAAUUGCUUGGCCGACCGUGGGGCUUCCCUCAGUUUGAACAUUUUUGGCAAUGUUGUGGCUCUUGCUGUGGACAGGACCCUUUUUCUCAUCGACACGACAUGCGGUUUGGAACUCGAGAAGAUCACCCUUGACAGUGAGGGUGUGCUCUUUGUGAAUUGCCAAGACCCUGAAGUCCCUCAUCUGUUGUGUGAGCAAGGAGUGUUUCUGGUGAAGCCGCGACAACCUAAGCCAGAAUGUAAGGUGCGUAGCCAUCCUGAGAGCCUGCGGCCAGGCUCAAUCCUCAUGGAGGCAGUCUUCGAAGAGGCGUGCCGGUACUACCAGCAGAGGAGUCUGAGCAGUACUCAGCUAACUGUGGAAAAACUCAAGAGUGGGGGCAUGUUCCAGGCACCCAUCACCUUGUCUUCCAUUCUCAGGGACUACCUGAAUGGUCAGAAGGGUAAAGAUAUUGUGCAAAGCAAUGUCUGCCAUGGCAAACUGCUAACCGCCCUGGAAGCAGACCUGAAGAUCCUGCUAGCACUGGAGGACACCAAGCUGUUAAUGCUCAGAGCCUCAGAAAAGGAGUUGGCUGGCUACUGUGAAUCCUUGAUCCAUGAAGAGGUGCGUAGGUUGUUGUGCUCAGAGAUGGAAAGGGACAAUGUUCUAUACCUGAAUUUAAUUUUCAGUACCUUCCCAUCUGAGUCAUGGCAGGCAGUGCAGAAGGUAUUACAGCUCCGGUGUAACGGUGAGGGCUCCAUCUCCACCGAGGCUUCCCCUGAGGUCUGGAAGACUGUCCUGAAUCCUGUCCAAGCAGUAGCCCACUCCCCACUGAGCAGUGGGCAACAUCCACAGGCCACAGCACCAGCCAAUGUGGCUGUGCCUGUGUUUGAGCUUAUUUGCAGCUCUGUGUUCAGGUUCCAGCCAUGCUGGCUGCCCCAGUUUCUGGAGUUGGCACAGCAGCAAGCGGGCCGGAGCUAUGGUAUGCCGGAGAGCCCGGAAAGCUUGCCACUGUAUCGCCGCGCUUUAGCAGCUCUUCCCAAAGGGGAGGAGCACCAAGACUUGGAGGUAGAAUUGCUUCUGUGCAGCCAGAGGCCUCAUGCUGUCAUGCAGGCCCUACGGAUCCUUAUGGGGCGACAGGAGUGGCAGCAGGUCAUCCAGGUGGCUGAGAGGUUCUGCCAACAGAGCCCCCUGCUCAACAAAGAGAUUUUCACCACCCUGUUGUGUGAGGUAUCCCAGCACCGGGAGUUGGACCCAUAUUUAGACCUGCUCUGGGCCUUAUGUCCAGAAGACCUGUCAGUGACCAGCAUCUUGAACAUUGUUUUGAAGAACCUGCCCCCCACGUGCCCCAGUUCAAGGCCAUUUGAAACCAGCAGUGCCCAGCUUACAGUCGGGUUGCUUCGGCCGCUUCUCAGCAGGGUUCUCCUGAGGGAGACCAAGCCCAGCCACACGUACACAGAUAUCCUCCACUCUCCAACCUUUCCUCCCCUGACUCCCCCCCGGCAGCCAAAAGGACUUCCUAGGACCACGACCGACCCAGCUGUCAGUCAUCCAAACCCCACAGAGAGGAAUGAGGUGGCAUCUGCAGUAUCAUCAUCAUCAUCCUCCUAUGAGCUUUGAGUCUGACCUUCUCCAGGGUGGUGUGGGAGUAGAAGCCUGGGCAAGCAUGACCUUCACUGCAACCUUCUGAUCUCUAAAUGAGAUUAGAAUGAUUUCCCCCCCCCCCUGGCAUUUAACAACCAAAGUUUUUACAUGCAAAGUAUAUUAACUGGAAAAAAUAAAUUUAAUUUUAAACUACAGUAAGGGGUGUCAGUGAUUGAGUGCCAGACUGAUGUUGCCUAAACUGUAAGCAGAGUUUAGCGGUGCAAGGGUGCCUUAAUCAAUGUUUGAAUGUUGGUUAGUUUACAUUAGCUUCACUGUGUGAUAGAACUUUGGUUGUUUUGGCAUAUUAUCCCACAGUGAUGCAUGUCUAGCUGCCUAUUCUG